AUGUCAUUAUCGCGAAGUCCAUCUCCAAGACCUGGAGGAGGAUGGGCUAGUCCAGGUCUCUCAAGCCCUUAUGCCAAUGUCAGUGGAAGAUCGAGCCCAAAUAAAAUGCAAAGGACAGGCGGAAAUGGAGGUUCGGUAACUUGGGAAUCUGCGAGAGCAAAGAGCGAGGAAGUAAAUGGGUACCCUUCAUUUUCAACUAAGAACAAUGGCUUCUUCAAUCGGCACAUCAGAAAUAUAUCGAAUAGUCUGCCGCAUUUUCACAUGGGAGGGGAUGGCAGUUAUGCGGAAAAAGAGAAAUUGGGGCGCGGACGAUGGUUAGGUUCUUCCAAGCUGGCACGUAUAAGAAACGGUCUUGCGAGAGUCAGUAGCAAGAUGAAGCUGCGAUUUAUGAUUGUUUUGGGGUUUGUAAUGAUGAUAAUUCUUUUCUAUUCUACACCUUUACAUUACUGGUGGCGCCGAGCAACGCAUUUUGGAGGGGGCAAAAAGUUCGUUAUAAUAUUGGCAGCAAAUCAAGGAGGUGGAGUUAUGGAGUGGAAGGGACCAAGGGAAUGGGCUAUCGAACGAGACAGUGUGAAAAACAAACGAAAAUACGCAAACAAAUGGGGAUACGAAUUGGAGAUCGUGGACAUGAGCACCAAGAAGAGAUAUGCACACGAAUGGAGAGAGAGUUGGGAAAAGGUUGACACUAUCCGGAAUUCCCUGAGAAAAUAUCCUGAAGCUGAAUGGUUUUGGUGGCUCGACCUCAACACUUUCAUCAUGGAACCUUCCUACUCCCUCCAAUCCCACAUCUUUAACAGCCUAGCCAAAAACACCUACCGCGAUAUCAAUGAUUAUAACCCCCUGAACAUAACACACCCUCUCGACUCUCCCUACCUAGAUGCCGAAUCUCGUAGCACAGUCGGAGACGGUCAAGCAAGCUCUAUAAACCUUAUAGUCCCACAAGAUUGUUCCGGUUUCAAUCUUGGUUCUUUCUUCGUGAAACGAAGCGCAUGGACUGAUCGCCUUCUCGAUGUAUGGUGGGACCCUGUCGGCUAUGAACAAAAACACAUGGAAUGGGAACAUAAAGAACAAGACGCGCUCGAGUUCUUAUACAUUAACCAACCUUGGAUACGCCCCCAUACCGCAUUUAUUCCACAGCGCAAAAUCAAUAGUUUCCCACCUGGUGCAUGCUCGGAUAACGGAAACGAUACGCGCAUUCAUUAUGAUGAACAUGAUCGAGAUUUCUUGGUUAACAUGGCAGGUUGCGAGUGGGGACGUGAUUGUUGGGGUGAGAUGUAUAAUUACAGGGAACUGAGUAAUUUCUUGAACAGAACAUGGUGGGAGAGGUUCAAGGAGGAUCUGGUGAUCAAGGCAUGGCAAAAGAUCAUGGGGAAAUCAAAGUCAAAGGAUGCCGCAAAUGGCAAUUCAUAA